UGUUUUCCAUCACAGGAGAGUGACUACGUGUGUUGACAUACAAAUGUGACCAGUAAGCAUGGUCCGUGCGUCAAUUAUUUUAAGUUUGUCACAGUAAAAGUGACGUACCGCAAGUGCAGCACACCAUACGAUUUCCUACUUUCAUAAGCAAUAAGUUUGCCAAUUUUAUAGGCAUGACAGUUUUGACAAAUGUCACAAGAUAUUUUGAAAAUGCGAUUGUUGAAUACAUAGAUGUCCACUUUACGUUGUGGUUGACAUGGCUUUUAGCGCCGCUUCUGCUUACCUUCAUGUUGCCUCUAGUCAUAUUUUUAAUGUUCUAUAUGAAUGCCGUUAUACUCUACAUUUACAAGCUACAUAGGGAACGUCUUCGACAUGCAUACGAGACAGACUUCUGGGAUGGUGCUCGGAAAACAAUUGCUGCCUUAUGGGACGCCCAUGGCUGGCUUUGGCAUGGUUAUGAAGUCAAUGGAAUGGAUAACAUCCCAGAUGAAUCACCUGCCUUAAUUGUUUACUAUCAUGGUGCUAUUCCUGUUGACUUGUAUUAUUUUAUAUCAAAGGCCUACCUUUUUAAGAAUCGUCUUAUACAUACAGUCGCAGACAGGUUCCUCUUCAAAAUACCAGGUUGGACAAUUGUAUCUGAGGUGCUGGGAGUGAUACCUGGCACAGUGCACACAUGUGCUAAUAUACUGAAGGAAAAUAACCUGCUUGCUAUUUCACCAGGCGGUGUGUAUGAAGCACAGUUUGGAGAUUCAUACUACAGACUAAUGUGGAAGAAAAGACUCGGUUUUGCAAAAGUUGCACUUGAAGCCAAAGUGCCAGUUAUCCCAAUGUUCACUCAGAACUUGAGGGAAGCAUUUCGCAGUAUUGGUCUUGGUGGUCGUCUUUGGUUGAGACUGUACAACAUCACAAGGUUCCCUCUUGUUCCGAUAUAUGGGGGAUUUCCUGUUAAGCUUAAAACCCACAUUGGUAAACCAAUACCGUAUGAUGGCAGCCUCACACCAGAACAACUGCAGGCUAAGAUAGCUUCUGCUUUGGAAGAUCUUAUCCGGAAACACCAGCGGACACCUGGAAGUAUUUUAAGGGCACUAAAGGAACGAGUUUAUGAAACGCCUAAAGAAAAAGAAACAUAAUACCUCUUCUUUUCUAUUUGCAGUGGAUUAGUGACAGAUUUUGAACAACGAUGAAGUAUUAUAUCUACUUACUGCCAUUUAUAAAUGAGAAAAAAAAUGAGGAGAAAGAGGCAACUCUUCAUUGGUGGUGUUAUUAUGAAUUGUAAUUAAUUCUCAUUGUGAUGUGUUAUUUUCACACUAACUCAUGCAUUAGAAAUAUAUAAAAGAGCCUGAUCUUAA